GAUUGAUUGUCGGCACAUCUUUUUUUGCCCAUCAUGUCUUCAGAAGCCGUCUUUGUCCUGCCCGGCGACCACAUCGAUCCCUCCCUCAUCCCCUCACAUCCAAAGAAACCCGUCCGUCUGGGCCCCGGACUGCGCCAUGUGCCGCCGAGCGAGCUUCUCCCAACGCUGGCGGGCCAGCUGGUGACGGACAGACUGAAGAAUGCGAUCCGGGUCGAGACGGCCAGUGGCAGAUACAUCCCCCGAGUCGGCGAGCUCGUCAUCGGCACAGUCAACAAAUCCGCGUCCGAAGUCUACUUUGUCAGCCUCUCCGACUACACCGCUCCCGCCCUCCUCCCCCAGCUCUCCUUCGAAUCGGCCACCAAAAAGACGCGCCCCAUCCUGGCCCCGGGAGCGUUGGUAUAUGCCCGCGUCACGCUGGCCAACAAGCACAUGGACGCCGAGCUCGAGUGCGUCUCGGCCUCGACAGGCAAAGCGGAUGGCCUCGGGCCGUUGGCAGGGGGCAUGCUGUUUGCUAUAUCGCUGGGCAUGGCUCGCCUUCUGAUGAUGCCCAAGAAGGCGCAGCAGGGCAAGGUCGUGGUUCUGGAUGAGCUCGCCGACGCCGGUCUCCAGUUUGAGACGGCCACUGGCAGAAACGGCCGCCUUUGGGUGGACAGCGACAAUACCAAGACCAUAAUCGUGGUCGGCAGAGCCAUACAAGAGACGGAUGAAAAAUCCCUGGCCGCAGACGAGCAGAGGAAGUUGGUAAAGAAGCUAAUCAAGGAGCUGAGUUGAGCAAGGGGAUACAAAGAACACAAAAAAAGGAGAAGAAAAAAGGAAAAAAAAAAUAUUACAGCAUAUCAGCGGCUGUUUGUCUUGUUUUAUUUCCAAGGGGUUAUCCGCUCAUGUUAUAUACCCAUUGCGUACUGUUUGUCCCUUGCCUAAACAACAUACAUAUAUGAUUGAAGCAAGGAGAGAGAGAAAAAAACACCUCUUGCUUUGACCCGUCACCAAGAUAUUUGGUUUGGCACUCUUCCCCCCGCUAUGAUAAGCAAGGGGGAGAAGAGUAGGGUUAUUUGUAUAAUACAAAAAAAUAAUAAAAGUUGAUUAAAAAGAAAACGCCUUGCGAAUUUCGCAAAAAUAUCCAAGCGCUUGCUGAAGCUCACACAAAUGUCCCUUUCCCCUGUGCUCGGUGAGGAAAUAUCCAAUGUCGCUAGAAAUGAAUAGAAGAAGAAGAAGAACAAGUCACCAACCAAAAGGCAUGGAAGAAGGGAUGCCGAGGUUACUGACAAUCGAAUAGUGUGAAAAGUGAUAGGAAGGGUUGAUAGUAAGGGUAUCAUUUUUUCCUAUGAGAAGACGCUCUCCUCA